CGCGCGGCUCCCCCAGGCGGCGGGAACGACAGACAGACAGACAGACAGACAGGCCGGGAGCGACCAGAGUGACCGCAGGGUGACCGCAGGGACCGACCCCCCCAGCGACAUGUCCACCGCCAUGAACUUCAGCAGCAAGAGCUUCACGCCGCGGCCGCCGGACAAGGGCGCGUUCCCGCUGGAUCACUUCGGGGAGUGCAGCGCCUUCAAGGAGCGCUUCAUGGAGUGCCUCCGCCGCAGCGGCUACGAGAGCGCGGCGUGCCGGCAGAGCGCCAUGGCCUACCUGGAGUGCCGCAUGGACAGGCAACUUAUGGCUAAUGAACCACUGGAAAAAUUGGGAUUUAAAGACCUGAUAAAUGAGAAAUCAGAAGAAAAACCUGAGAAGUCGUGAUGAAGACAGACAACUUGGCCCCUCAUGAAGGGAAAGCAUAACUCUGAAUGUAGUACAUAUUGUACAUUCUGUUCAUAUUGCAAUAGGAAAUGUUUCCUGAAAGAACCUUUUUUUUUUCCACAGUUCAACUGUCCUAAAAUAAGAAUUUUCUUUAAAUGAGCAAAAGUACUGCCUUUGUCUGCUUUGCCAAAGUAUUUCUUAACUUCUUUCUUUUAAUUUCUCUAGAGGCAAAACAGUUACAGCCCAAAGUGUUCUCCCUGCCUCUGUAAGAACAGUGAAGUUUUAUUUUAAGGGGACAAAAACCCAAACCAAACAAUGCUUUAUUGUGUAGGAUUAAUCUUCUGUGGGCAGUACUGAUAUGCUCACAGCAGUUACUUGCCAGGUGGAAAUAAAGGUGUUGUACUUCAAAUUUGAUUUUUAUCAAAUACUGGCAUUAGUCCCCAUCCCUGGGGAGGUCUCACCCUGCUAUGGAACAACUGUGGCCCUGUGGGGGUACUUGAGCACUUGAGGCAGUGUUUUUUCAGUCAUUUCAUCUUCCAUCGUUGUUGGGAGAGUGUUUCUAGUUUCAGACACUGGUCAGGGAGUGAUUCUGCUUUUAUUUACCAUGCCAGCUGUGUUCACAUAAUCUUUCCAUCAUUUAACUGGGAACAGUGGUAUUUUCUUGCAUGUUCUAAGGCAGCUGAAGUGUUUCUUAAUUAAUGUUGAGUUCAAGCAGAAAUAAUUUGGCCUCUUAGCCCCUAGAAGUGUGUUUCAAGCAGGCAAUAAAUGUGUAAAUCUUCUGGAUGUGUUUCCCUCUGUAUCUUCUGCCCUGGUAUCCCUGCUGCUUUAGUUUUUCUUUUUAACCCAGUGAAUCAUUUCUGUGUGUCCAGCUCUCCCUGCCAAGGCAGCUCCCUAAGGCUUCCCUCUUUAUCUGGUGUCCCCUCUCUGACAGAUCUCGCCUCCCCUGCUGGCUGCCUUUGCUUCUGCCUCUCUCCACUGUGCAUCUGCUCACACCAAGUUCCAGGAGAGGGUGAAGGAACAUUUCUGCUCUUCAUACUGAUCACUGGGGCUGAGAUUUGAAUUGCUGCUCUGUCUAAUCUGAUGGAACAGAGUGCACAUAGCUCCGAGCAGGUUCCUGUUUGAAAAGGACAUUUGCCUGCUGCUGCAUAUUUUAUCCCACUUCAUUCUGCUGUUCAAAUUAUAUCCUUUGGUGAGAUUAGCACAUUUCUAGGAAAGAAAGCAGAGAUUGUAUUGCUGCAACAGAUACUAAAAGACAUUAUAUUAAA